CCUUGAUUUAGCAGGGUCGAGAAGUGGGCGGCGAACGCGCAAAAUUUGAAAGUUGACCGGAAACAACGUUUAUCGAGAGGAUAACAGUGUGCUCCCUAGGCUUCUGUGUAUAUUAAACACUAAAUUAUAAUUAUAUGCAUGGCAGUCUGGUUAUCUGUUGUUAAGAAGCUAUGUUGAAGUUCAAAUACGUGAGUCAGGGAAGCCUGAAAACGCUGCCGUCCUCUGCGGACCCCAUCACCAUCCGCAGUUCGCGACUCAACCAAUUGUUUCAGGGCCGAGUCAGCCUGUGUGGGCAGCAGGGAGGAUGCACUUUAGGUCGGGAAGAGUUUCUGGAGGCUCUGCUGCUACUAUACCAGGAAUGCAUCUCCCCAGAGCUUAUGAAGAUACAUCAUGUGGCAAACUUUGUUAAUAAGUUUUCCGAAGUGGUCUCAGAGCUGCGAGCCAUGCAGCCUGGUCUUUCGGACUUUGAAGUGUGUGCCGUGGUGGGUCGAGGCCGCUUUGCCGAAGUCCAAGUAGUCCGGGAGAAGGCCACUGGAGAUGUUUGUGCACUGAAAGUCAUGGACAAGACAGAUUUACGCACUCAAAAAAAUGUGGUUUUUCAUGAGGAGGAGCGGAAGAUCUUGGCUCUUAACAGCAGUCCCUGGAUCCCGCAGCUUCUCUACGCUUUCCAGGAUAAUGAACAUGUCUACCUGGCGAUGGAGUACUUGCCAGGCGGUGACCUGAUGUCCCUGCUAAACCGAUACGAAGAUCAGUUUGAUGAGUCCAUGGCGCAGUUCUAUUUAGCUGAGCUGGUAGAGGCCGUUCAUGCUGUCCACCAGCUGGGCUAUGUCCACAGAGAUAUCAAACCAGAGAAUGUUCUCAUUGAUCGGACUGGUCACAUCAAGCUGGCAGACUUUGGAUCAGCUGCCAGGCUGACUGCUAACAAAACAGUUGCAGCUCCCACUGUCCCUGUUGGGACCCAAGACUUCCUCUCACCCGAGGUCUUGGCAUCCAUUAAUGGGGGCUCUCACAGCACCUAUGGGGUUGAGUGUGACUGGUGGUCCCUUGGCGUCAUAGCGUAUGAGAUGAUCUAUACCAGGUCGCCUUUUUCUGGUGGUACUUCCACCAAGACAAUACACAACAUCCUCAACUUUCAGCGUUUCCUUAAGUUUCCAGAGGAGCCGCGGGCAAGUAAGCAGGUUGUAGACCUGCUACAGAGCUUGCUGUGUGGAGCCAAAGAGCGUCUGGGUUUCCAGGGACUUCGCUGUCACUCUUUCUUCUCCAGUGUAGACUGGAACCACUUAAGACAAGUUCUCCCGCCUUUCGUUCCUGCAUUGCACUCUGAAGAUGACACCUCUAAUUUUGAGGAGCCGGAGCAGGCAGCCCCCCGGCCACCCUCAGCAGCCCAGCGAGGAGCUCUGCCAGCGGGCUUCCAGGGCCAGGAUCUGCCCUUUCUAGGCUGGUUCUUCAGCAGAUCGUUGACAGCAUUGGCCAAAACUGAGUCAGUGUCUGCUGGCCUCAAUUCUCCUGCUAAGACCAACUCCAUGGAAAAGAAACUGCAUCUUAAAAGCAGAGAAUUACAAGAAACUCAAGACAAAUGUCACAAGAUGGAGCAGGAGAUCUCCAGGUUCCAGCGUAAAAUGACUGAUCUGGAGUCAGUGCUCCACCAGAAGGAUGUGGAGCUGAAGGCAUCCGAGACUCAGAGGAACAUUCUGGAGCAAGACCUCGCUACCUACAUCACGGAGUGCAGUAGCCUAAAGCGAAGUUUAGAGGAGGCCCGUGUGGAAGUCUCCAGAGAAGAUGACAAGGCCAUGCAGCUGCUGCACGACAUCCGGGAACAGAGCAACAAGCUGCAAGAAAUUAAAGAGCAAGAGUACCAUGCCCAGCUGGAGGAGAUGCAGGUCACCAUCAGGCAGCUGGAGGAGGACCUCUCUGCUGCCCGACGCCGCAGCGACCUCUACGAAUCUGAACUUCGAGACUCCAGGCAAACAAGUGAGGAACUCAAAAGGAAAGCUGUGGAAUACCAGCAGAGAAUACAGAAGGCUAAAGAGCAGGGCAAAGCUGACGUGGAGGAGCUUCUCUCCAAACUAGAAAAGACCAAUUCUGAGCAGCAGGUGAAAAUCCAGGAGCUCCAGGACAAACUGUCUAAGGCAGUGAAAGCGAGCACAGAAGCCACUGAGCUGCUGCAGAAUGUCCGGCAGGCCAAGGAGCGGCUGGAGCGAGAUCUGGAGCGCCUGCGUGGAAAAACCGACUCCAGUGACACUUUAAAACGCCGCCUGAGAGAGACAGAGCAGGAGGGCAGGAAGACCCUAGAGAACCAGGUAAAGAGGCUAGAAAUGGUUGAGCGGCGGGAGAAUAAGCUGAAAGAUGACAUUCAGACCAAAUCCCAGCAGAUCCAGCAGAUGGCUGAAAAGAUCCUGGAACUGGAGGAGAACCUGAGGGAUGCCCAGUCGACAGCCCAGAGGAUGGAAACCCAACUGGUUCAAAAGGAGAAGCUUUAUGAAGACAAGAUCAAGGUUCUGGUGAACCAGAUGAAGGUGGACCUGGCUGACAAGGAGAGCCUCGAGGCCAGAAAGGCCCAGCAGGAGGAGGAGUCGAGGGAGAACUGCAAACUUAUAAGUGAACAGAAAGCAACCAUUAAUGCUAUGGAUUCCAAGAUGAAGAACCUAGAGCAGCGCAUCGCUGAGCUGUCCGAGGCUAACAAGCUGGCUGCUAAUAGCAGCAUCUACACCCAGAAGAAUAUGAAAGCCCAGGAGGAGAUGAUCUCAGAGCUUCGGCAACAAAAGUUCUAUUUGGAGUCUCAGGCAGGCAAGCUAGAGUCCCAAAAUGCCAAACUGGAAGAGCACCUGGAGAAGAUGAGUCAGCAGGAGCAGACCAAGAGGACCCGGCUGCUGGAGCUGGAGAGCAGGCUGCGGGAGAUGGGCUUGGAACAUGAAGAAGAGAAGCUGGAGAUUAAGAGACAGGUGUCAGAGUUGACCCUCUCCUUGCAAGAGCGCGAGUCCCAGAUUAGCAGCCUGCAGGCUGCACGUCUUGCCCUGGAGAGCCAGCUGCAGCAAGCAAAGACUGAGCUGGAAGAGACCACUGCUGAGGCUGAAGAGGAGAUCACCGCCCUCAGGAAUCACAGAGAUGAAAUUCAGCGCAAAUUUGAUGCCUUGAGAGACAGCUGCUCAGUGAUCACUGAUCUGGAGGAGCAGCUUACGCAGCUGAGUCAGGAGAAUGCAGAGUUGAACCGCCAGAACUUCUACCUAUCCAAACAGCUUGAUGAAGCGUCAGAUGAGAGGGAGGACCAGUUGCAGCUGAGCCAGGAAGUGGACAGGCUGAGGAGGGAGGUGGCCGACCGUGAGAUGCACCUCAACAACCAGAAACAGAACAUUGAGACACUGAAGACCACAUGCAGCAUGCUAGAGGAGCAGGUGGUGGAGCUGGAGUCUCUAAAUGACGAGUUGCUGGAGAAGGAGAGGCAGUGGGAGGCUUGGAGAGGUGCCCUGGAGGACGAAAAAAGCCAAGCCGAGAGACGCACCAGAGACCUGCAGAGACUGUUAGACAAUGAGAAGCAGAACAGGUUGCGAGCAGACCAGCGGAGCACUGAAUCUCGCCAGGCAGUAGAACUGGCAGUCAAGGAGCACAAAGCUGAGAUACUGGCUUUACAGCAGGCCUUAAAGGAGCAGAGACUGAAGGCUGAAAGUCUAUCUGAUACUCUCAAUGAUUUGGAGAAGAAGCACACCAUGCUGGAGAUGAACGCCCGCAGCUUACAGCAGAAACUGGAGACGGAGAGAGAACUUAAACAGAGGCUGAUGGAAGAGCAAGGGAAGCUGCAGCAGCAGAUGGACCUCCAGAAGAGCCACAUAUUUCGUCUGACCCAAGGCCUGCAAGAUGCCCUAGACCAGACAGACAUGCUCAAGACUGAGAGGACAGAUCUGGAGUACCAGCUGGAGAAUAUACAGGCUGUAUACUCCCAUGAGAAGGUGAAGAUGGAGGGGACCAUCUCCCAGCAGACUAAACUCAUCGACUUCCUCCAGGCCAAAAUGGACCAGCCCACCAAGAAAAAGAAGGGUAUAUUUGGGCGGCGGCGGGAGGACGUAGGCACCACAACUAACGGGGCACUGGCUCCACAGGCCCAGCCAGCAGUUCCCAUGCAGUAUGGUGACAUGAAACUGGCUUUGGAUAAAGAGCGGUCAAGAUGCGCUGAUCUGGAAGAGGCUCUGCAGAAGAUGAGGAUAGAGCUGCGAUCCCUUAGAGAGGAGGCGGCUCAUUUCAAAGCCCAGGAACAUGGGGCUCCUGCCACGCCAGCCCAGGCUCGACAUCAGAUCCUCAUGUCAGCAAUUGUCAAAUCCCCAGAACAUCAACCCAACCCCAGCAGCCUUCUCAACCCCUCUACUCGCUGCAAGGAGAACUCCACACCUGAAGAAAAGAGGAGAGUCACCUUUGAAAAGUUUGGUCGUCGUGUGAAAGAGAGAAUGCACCACAACAUCCCUCAUCGUUUCACUGUGGGCCUCAACAUGAGGGCUGCCAAGUGUGCCGUCUGCCUGGACACUGUGCAUUUUGGACGGCAGGCUGCCACUUGUCUAGAGUGUCACACCCUGUGUCACCCUAAAUGCUCACCAUGUCUUCCGGCCACCUGUGGUCUGCCAGCCGAGUACGCCACUCACUUUUCAGAGGCUCUGUGCCGAGAAAAGGCAAACUCUCCUGCACUGCAGGUCAAAGAGGCCAGUGGGCAUGUUCGCUUGGAGGGAUGGAUGAAGCAGCCUAGAAAUGGCAAGCGUGGUCAGCAAGGCUGGGAGAGUAAAUAUGUGGUGCUUGAUGGAACCAAAGUAUCGAUCUAUGAUACUGAGCCCAGAGAAGACUAUAUAAAAGUUGAGGAGGAGUUUGAGCUCUGUCUGCCUGAUGGAGAGGUAACCGUUCAUGGAGCUGUUGGAGCUUCUGAACUCAUCAACACCGCCAAGUCAGACAUACCGUAUGUGUUGAAGCUGGAGUCUCAUCCCCACACCACCUGCUGGCCAGGCCAGUCAAUCUACUUCAUGGCUCCCAGCUUCCCUGACAAGCAGCGCUGGGUAGCUGUACUGGAGUCUGUGGUGGCUGGUAGCCGUGGAUCUAAAGACAAAGUGGAUUCUGAUGCUGCAGGUGUUUCUAAAAGACAGAAGAACCUAUCCCCUCUGGUUCAGAAACUUCUGGGAAAUUCUCUGCUGAAGCUGGAGGGUGAUGACCGUUUGGACAUCAACUGCACUCUGCCUCUCACUGACCAGAUUGUGUUGGUUGGCUCUGAGGAGGGUUUGUACGCUCUGAACGUCAUAAAGAACUCUUUGACCCACAUUCCCGGGCUGACCUCCGUCUUUCAGAUCCAGAUCCUGAAGGAGCUCGACAAGCUGCUGAUGAUCACUGGAGAGGAGAGAGCCUUGUGUCUGGUGGAGAUUAAGAAAGUGAAACAGUCCUUGUCGCAGUCCCAUCUCCCAGCUCAGCCUGACCUCAACCCCUUCAUCUUUGAGACAGUCAAGGGAUGCCACCUCUUCUCCUCUGGAAAGAUUGAUAAUGGGACCUGUAUCUGUGCUGCUAUGCCCAAUAAGAUUACAAUUCUGCGACAUAAUGAAAGCCUAAACAAGUUCUGCAUCAGAAAGGAGAUUGAGACAUCAGAGCCCUGCAGCUGUAUCCAUUUCACUGGCUACAGCAUCAUUAUCGGCACCAACAAGUUCUAUGAGAUUGAGAUGAAGCAGUAUGUGCUGGAAGAGUUCCUGGAUAAAAACGACGUGACGCUAGCUUCAGCUGUCUUUGCCGCCUCCUCUCACAGCUUCCCCAUCUCCAUCAUCCAGGUCACCACGGCACCACAGAAAGACGAAUACCUGCUCUGUUUCCAUGAGUUUGGUGUGUUUGUGGAUGCAUACGGCCGCAGGAGUAGAAGUGAUGAUAUCAAAUGGAGCCGUCUGCCACUCUCAUUUGCCUAUAGGGAACCCUACCUGUUUGUGACCUACUUCAACUCUCUGGACGUUAUUGAAAUUCAGGGACACGCUGCUCUGGGGCCCCACUCAUAUGCGCACCUGGAUAUCCCAAACCCACGCUUCCUUGGCCCAGCCAUCUCCUCUGGGGCCAUCUACCUGGCCUCUUCCUACCAGAACAAACUGCGGGUCAUUUGCUGCAAGGGCAACCUGGUCCAGAGCCAAGAGUGUGUAGGUGACCUGCAGCGAAACGGCUCCGGACGCAGCCCCAACAAGCGUGGGCCUCCUUCCUACAAUGAGCACAUCUCAAAAAGGCUGGCAGCCAAUCCGCUAGUUCACGGAGAUCCUGGCACACCUCACCGCUACAGAGAGGCUCGCACAGAGUUUCGACGGGACAAGUCCCCCAGCCGUCCAUUGGAGAGAGAGAAGUCUCCAGGCAGGAUGCUGGAGAGUCGGAUAGUGGGGUCUCCAGGUCGGGCAAUGGCUGACCCCCGGUUAGAGCGCUCCCCAGGCAGGGCCAUGGCAGACCCUCGAAUGGACCGCUCUCCUGGUCGGAUGAUGGAUGUUCGUAGGGAGAAGUCCCCCGGACGAUUCGAAGAGCGCCAAAGGCUUCAUACUGGCUCUGGUCGCACGCCCAUACCCCCUGUUAACAAGGUAUGGGACCAAUCAUCUGUUUGAGAGACAGCGAAGCCACAUACCCAGCAUGGAAAAAGAAAUGCAACGGUGGGAGCAGAGAACUAGUGAGAGUGUCACCAAUUUCUGAUGAAAUACUGCCACACAUCAGUUUUGCCUGACAUCUAAGCUGACAAACCCACAGAGG